ACCAGCGUGCAGUCAGUGCUGCGUUCACUGCUGGGGAGGCAGCUCACUUCCCGUCAGAGCACAGUUUGACUUUGACUUCAUUACAGAUACUAACAGCUGACACACACUUCCACUUGAGGGGGAACACAUUUGAAGGACUUAAGAGUUUCCACAGAGGAGUAGAAUGCUGAGAGAUGAAGUCUUCACUAGUUGGUCGCUAUGAGCGCAUAUGGACGUUGACAAGCUGCUUUCGUGGAUUGACUCAGUGACACUUUUUUCUGUUUUCUUUUUCGGUAACGGUGUCUCUGCUUAGCUGAUCUAAAUUAAAACAGUGGAUUAUUAUUAUUGCAUCGAUGGUUCUUGCAGGUGCACUGGUAAUUUGGAGUUAAAUGAGGAUAUUGUGCUUUUUUUCUUCUUGAGAGGCGGAUUAAUCUUUGGGAUAAAAACCGAACAAAAAACUAAUUGGAAUCCACAUCGUCUAUUCUUGCUUCAACAUGAAGUCCCUCACUGCGUGGAUGUGCAUCUGCAGCUUUUUUCUGCUCUUAGAUGAGACGGCCUGUUCGUGGGACGGUUCCUCGGCUUUGUCCCAGGUGCCCUUGGCUGAUGGCAACCCCGGGUCCGAAGGCACUCCAUCGGAAUGGGUGGACUGCAUCCAGGCGAGCGACAUGUGCAACCAGAAUCCUCACUGCAGCUCACGGUACCGCGUUAUGCGCCAGUGCCUUGUGGGUAAGGAGAAGGAAGCCAUGCUGGACAACAACAGGGAGUGCCAAGCGGCCUUAGAGGUGCUGCUGGUCAGUCCGCUGUACGACUGCCGCUGCAAGAGAGGCAUGAAGAAGGAGCUGCAGUGUCUCCAGAACUACUGGACUAUCCACAUGGGACUCACUGAAGGUGGAGACAUGGAUGACUCAUCCCCAUAUGAACCAGUACCACCCGGCCGACACCAGGAUGCUUUCCGCUUGGCCUCCAUCUCCUCAGGGAUGCUCACAGUGGCCCCAAAAGGAUUCCACUGUGCCGAUGCCGAGAGAACCUGCAACCCCUGCCUGGAUGCAGCCAAAGCCUGCAAUCUUAACGGCACCUGCAAAAGGCACCGCUCCGCCUACAUCGCCACCUGCAGCAAGGAGGACCCCAAUAAAGGGGAAACCUGCAGCAAGAAGCGCUGCCACAAAGCGCUCAGGCUCUUCCUGGACCGCGUGCCCACCGAGUUCAGCCACCGCCUGCUCUUCUGCCCCUGUCAGACCGAGGGCUGCGCCGAACGCCGACGCCAGACCAUCGUACCCGAUUGCUCCUACAAAGACAAAGAUAAACCCAACUGUCUGGAGCUGAGGAACGUCUGCCGCCAGGACUCGCUUUGCAGGUCCAGGCUGGCUGAUUUCAUGGCAAACUGCCGCAGCAUCCCGCCCACGGUGAGCACCUGUCCCAACCAAGACAAUCACCAAGCCUGCUUGGCCUCCUACACAAAGCUCAUCGGGACGGAGAUGACGCCCAACUAUGUGGACAGUAGCUUUAGCCAUUGGACCAUCUCACCGUGGUGCACCUGUAAAGGCAGCGGAAACCAGGAAGAGGAGUGUACGAACUUCCUAAGGAGCUUCACCGACAACACUUGUCUGAGAAAUGCCAUCCAGGCCUUUGGUUAUGGUCUAGACUUCAUGACGAGCAAGAACGCAUCUGUCCUCGAUCCCUCGGCGACGAUGAAGAUGGGGUCAGAUAGGUUGGCAGCAACCUCUGAGCCCCCAUUUGUGACCAUUGUGAAGUAUCCCGAACCCAGAGAUGGUGGCCCUGGCAAAACUCAGGGCCUGCCAGAGGAUCACUGCGCCUGUGUGCGUGCCAACGUCUGGGCUCUGCUUCCCGGUCUGGUUUUGGCUCUGCUCCUGGCUCAACAUGCCUUAUAGAAGUGCCAGAGGGGGAAAGAAGUCACCCUCCCACAAGCUCAUCCCAAAAGCAGAAGGUGUUAUUUCUCCGACUGAUAUUAAGAAGGCAGAAUCUCUGGACAUUUGAUGUAAAAGCAGGCAUUUACAGAAGAAAGAAAAAAACUAGCGUUUGAGUUUGUCAUUCAUUUGAUGUCAUCCUACGACGGAAGGCUUGGAUGGAACACAUUUGCUAAAGGACCCUCGCUGCCAUGAGGGCCACACCCCUCUGACAAAGUCUUCAAAAGGGAGGAAUGACAAGAAAGACAAGAAAGUUUAGGAAGAAACACAUUUCUGCUCUUUAUUUUUGUCUUUGAAUGGCUUCUUGACUUGCGGGGGGCCCAGGGAGAUGAUUACAGUGCGUCUCUUUAUCUCUAUUGUAAACUCUAAAUCUGUAAAACCUACUCCGUGUUCUAAGUGUUGGUAUAGUAUCUGUGACCAUAAUCAAUCUACCGUGCGGCUCUGUCAUUUUUUGGGGUGGCAAAAUGUACAUGUGGCGGCAUUGUUAAUGGUUCUUAAUGGUCAUUCCAGAUGUUGCUGUUGACGCCCUGUGGCUGUGCGCCAUACAUCCACUUGCACAUGUGAAUAUAUCUGUCUCUAUAUGUAUUUAACGAAAAAAAAAAGAAGAAAAACAACACUUGACUUUCUUUCUUUCAGUCAAAUGAUACCUGCAGUACCGUCAAACUAUGAUGACUCUGUAUCGAUGAUGACUUGGAUUUGUUACCGAUGGAAGGCCUUCAUUAUCUGCGUUUAUGUGUCUAUAUAAGGAAUGAUGGCAAAGAAUGUAUACAGGAAUAAGAUUAAAUGAACUCUGUCUGCUUAGAAAGAAAGUAACUGAGUGUGUGAGUGCUUUUGUGUUGAUAAUCAGCACAGUGUGUGUGUGUGUCAUGUCCUUGUUUACAUUCCUGAGACAAUUCUGAAUCAUAAACUACCAUGAGAGCAGUUUGUGACACAUUUGUGACCAAGACACAAGUCUUCUUUAAAAAAAAAAAAAAAAAAGGUGUAAAAAAUAUUUUUAGUGGUCCAGUAUGGCGUCUUGCAAAAAAAAAAAGCCAUGUUAUUAUUACUUUUAUUUAUUUUUAUUUUUCGAAAAGUUUGCUGGAUUGUUUUAUCUGUGUGCUAAACUUUCCAAGUGUAGUAUAAAGAAUGGAAACUGCUUGCCUGUUUUUUUAGUGAAGUGGGAAAAACAAGACAAGCAAAACUGAAGCUCAUUAAUAUUGAACAAAACAGCAUUCUAACAAGACUUUUGUGAGAUAAUAUACGACAGGCUCCAGCUCACCCACGGCCCUAAUGAGUGGCAUUGAAAAUGAAUGGAUGAAAAUAUAAGUAGUAUAUUUUGUCUCAAUUGCAAUGUUUGUCGCAAACAUACACACAAUAAACAACUCGAAAAUCUGCUUAUAAAGUUGCUCAGUGAAACUAUGGUCUAAGUGUCAAUAAGUCCAAAAUAAAAACGAAAAAAGUGUGCUGCACCUCCGAAAAGCAUGCAGCCUCCAUGUCUAUCACACAACAAAAUUAAGUGUGAGUAUACAUUUUAUUUUUGUUUUCACGUCUUACUGUGUGAUACUAUGUGUCAGUAAAGUUAUGUUUUAUUAAACAGAGAUUAGCUUCUUUUUACACUUGUGUGACCAUUCAGAAUGUGAUUAUGUUACCUAAAAGAAUUGCCUAUAUCAUGGCACGUAUUAUUUUAUUUCUAUUAUUUGCUAUGGGAACAUGUUUAGAAAAAAGUCAGAAUAGAAUAAACAAAUUUGAGGCCAACUUGUUAGCUUGGUAGCAUGCUAUGCUUAACGAUGUGGCCGUCUCUUGUGUCCCUGCAGCCUGCGCAUGAGCAAUGUGGUGUAAACGAAGAAUAAUAGCAGUGUGAAGGUGACUCUUGGUGUGUUAUUUCAUGUCUACAGGGUUGCAAUAAUGUAAAAAAAAAAAAAACAUUUAGAAAGUCAUAAACAGGUGUUCUAUGCUCUACGAAAAUAUUCCAUUCAUUAAUAUUGAAUACUCCUUUGUGGAAAUUCACUUGUCGCGGUGGUGUCAGAAACUGAGGACGACUGUUACGGCAAAGGGCCCAAAUCCCCACCUGCAAACCAAAAUGGCCGACAACCUGUGAGUCUGACAGCAUAGAUUAAAGUAAAUCCUGUAAUACUGAAAUAAUGUAGAAAUGUAUGCACCUUACUUUAUGGCAGGAAACAAAUGUAAUUGUCUCAUCUGCCUAUGUGACAGCCAGCAAGCGGUGAAGGGUUAUGUUGUAAUGAGAAUCAAGUGGUGUCCCAUUUCUUAGUGGCUUCUUCCCCUUAGCCCUACGUUUUAAGGGGGAGAAGAAACGGUAAUACGAAAAAACAACCUCAAAAAGAACCUCCUUCACAGAGGCAGUAUUUAUGAUUUUGCAAGCGUUUUCAGGAGAAUUUAGUAGGAUUUAUAAUACAGUAAAGCCCCGCAUAUUCGGGAUUCAGCAUUUGCCACCCAGCAAAUUCGUGAUUUUUUUUCUGCAUAAAACACAUUUCACCCCAAGUAUAAUUUAUA